CAGGACUGCUCCCUUGGCCCAGCCUGCCUCUGACAGCCCGACAGCAGGGAGCAGACCCCCAGAGACAGGCAGGCACUCAGGGGCAUGGAGGGGCCGGCGGGCUACCUGCGGCGGGCCAGCGCGGCCCAGCUGACCCACGAGCUGGGCACGGCCUUCUUCCAGCAGCAGCUGUCGGCUGCCAUGGCAGACAGCUUCCUCGAGCACCUGUGCCUGCUGGACAUCGACUCGGAGCCCGUGGCCGCCCGUAGCACCAGCAUCAUCGCCACCAUCGGACCGGCCUCUCACUCGGUGGAGCGCCUCAAGGAGAUGAUCAAGGCCGGGAUGAACAUUGCGCGCCUCAACUUCUCGCACGGGUCCCACGAGUACCACGCUCAGUCCAUCGCCAACAUUCGGGAGGCGGUGGAGAGCUUUGCAACUUCUCCUCUCGGCUACCGACCCGUGGCCAUCGGCCUGGACACCAAGGGGCCGGAGAUACGCACCGGGGUCCUGCGGGGGGGCCCGGAGGCCGAGGUGGAGCUAGUGAAGGGCUCCCCGGUGCUGGUGACCGUGGACCCGGCGUUCCGGACGCGGGGGGACCGGAACACCGUGUGGGUGGACUACCCCAAUAUCGUCAAGGUCGUGCCGGUGGGGGGCCGCAUCUACAUAGACGACGGGCUCAUCUCCCUCCAGGUCAAGAAAAUCGGCCCAGAGGAGCUGGAGACCCAAGUGGAGAACGGAGGCCUCCUGGGCAGCCGGAAGGGCGUGAACUUGCCAGGUGUUGAGGUGGACUUGCCCGGGCUGUCUGAGCAAGACAUUCUGGACCUGCGCUUCGGGGUACAGCAUAACGUGGACAUCAUCUUUGCCUCCUUCGUGAGGAAAGCCAGUGAUGUGGCUGCCAUCAGGGCUGCUCUGGGGCCCGAAGGACGCGACAUCAAGAUCAUUAGCAAAAUCGAGAACCACGAAGGCGUGAAGAAGUUUGAUGAAAUCCUGGAGGUGAGCGAUGGCAUCAUGGUGGCGCGGGGCGACCUGGGCAUCGAGAUCCCAGCCGAGAAGGUUUUCCUGGCCCAGAAGAUGAUGAUUGGACGGUGCAACUUGGCGGGCAAGCCCGUUGUCUGCGCCACACAGAUGCUGGAGAGCAUGAUCACUAAGCCACGGCCGACCCGGGCGGAGACCAGUGACGUAGCCAACGCUGUGCUGGACGGAGCAGACUGCAUCAUGCUGUCAGGGGAGACUGCCAAGGGCCGAUUUCCCGUGGAGGCAGUAAAGAUGCAGCACGCGAUUGCCCGGGAGGCAGAGGCUGCCGUGUACCACCGGCAGCUGUUUGAGGAACUGCGCCGGGCAGCACCCCUGAGCCGAGAUCCCACUGAGGUCACUGCCAUAGGCGCGGUGGAGGCCGCCUUCAAGUGCUGUGCUGCCGCCAUCAUCGUGCUGACCACGACUGGCCGCUCAGCACAGCUGCUGUCUCGGUACCGACCUCGGGCAGCGGUCAUUGCUGUUACCCGCUCUGCCCAGGCUGCCCGGCAGGCCCACCUGUGCCGAGGGGUCUUCCCCUUGCUCUACAGUGAACCUCCAGAGGCCAUCUGGGCAGACGAUGUGGAUCGCCGGGUCCAAUUUGGCAUUGAAAGUGGAAAGCUCCGUGGCUUCCUCCGCGUGGGAGACCUGGUGAUCGUGGUGACAGGCUGGCGCCCUGGCUCUGGCUACACCAACAUCAUGCGCGUGCUGAGCAUAUCCUGAGAUGCCACGCCCCCCUAACCCAGCCCAACCAGGACCUCACUCCCUCCACCCCACAGUCCCCCAGCUGUCUUCUCUGCUCCAGGCCCUCCCUGCCGAGGCCGCAUCUGCCGUCUAGCCCCGUUUCAGGGCGCCACUUCCUCUCUCCCUUCCCCGCAGGCCCGGAAGGUCUGUGUCCAGCUAAGCACAGGCCACCCGGCAGCACCAGUCCUACAUCCCCUGCGCCCAAUGCUCUCAGCUGGGCCCUAAAUACCCUGAGCCUCUAAUCCUAGCUUAGCCGGUUAAUUUGAGUCCCCUGGGCUUCCUGUACCCAGGGCGUGGGGGACGAGGGGAACAGGGGGUCCCCACAGAAUCCCUAUAUCCAUGCAGUCUGAUGGUCUCCGGUGUGGCCCUCGUGAUGACCUGAGCAUCUCCCGAGGAGAGCGCCACCUCUUCCUUCAUUGUGAUGGACAGUGACACCAAAGCACCAGCCUUUUGGGGAAGUGAGGCUGGAGGAGGGCUGGGGAGCCCCGAGAGUUGGGGGGCUCAUCUUGUCACUGUCUUCACAACCUCUGUUGGGUUUGCAGGCCCCUCCAUGGCUGCUCUCACGCCCACCUCAUGCCCUGCUGGGUCAGAUGCUCUGCUGCCUCGUCCUGCACCCAGAAACUCCUUCGUGCCCACGGUGUUCCCCCACACAAACCAGGAGCCAAAACGAGUAGCUCUGUUUUCCUUUUAAACCCAGCUGUUUGGGAGCAAUUAUAAAACCCCAGGACUCUUCACUCAAGAGGAAAGAUUUAAGGUCCUGGCUCCACAUUCUCUGAUACUGUCGAGCAGAUGUGGGGACAGAGGAGCAGGGCCAAGUAUUUCUCUUGUCCCGGAGAAGGCAGAGGUACUGGCUAGCCUACCCUUCCCCAGGCUUGGAUACCUUGGCUCCUCCACUUACUCUUUCACCAACAGUAGACUCAGGAGGAGCAAAACCCUGAAAGUAGCAAGAGUCUUCCUCCCUGCUUGCGUAGCCCUUCCUGCCGCUCUAGAUAGAGAGAGGGCUCAGUAUUGCUGCCGGCUGGUGGAGCUGAGCGAGGACCCCAAGAGCUGGCAUGGGGGCCCUGCUUCUUCCUCUCUCCCCAUAAGGAGAGGUGGGGAGGGAUGGAUAAAGGAACGGCUAAAUAAAAUGAAUUAAUAAUAAAUAAA